GUUUGCAGGAGAUACAGGAGUGUCUAAUUCCAGAAACCAAGCAUGGUUCUACUCAGCAGUCACAGAACCACAGAAGGUGCUGAGUUGGAAGGAAUCCAUCAGGGUUAUCAAGUCCAACCCCUGGCCCUGCACAAUCCCACCCUGUGCCUGAGAGCUUUGUACAAAUGCUCCUGGAGCUCAGACAGGUUUGGAGCUGUGACCACAUCCCAGGGGAUCCUGCUCCAGUGCCCCACCAUCCUUUGGGUGAAAAACUUUUUCCUUUUAUAAUUUAAGUCUCCUGUAACACAGAUCCAGCUGUUUCCUCUAGUCCUGUAACUGGUGACAGAGAGCAGAGACUGAAGCUGCCCCUCAUGAGGAUGUUGAAGCGCUCAGCGAAGCCUCCCCUCAGUCUCCUCUUCUCUGGGCUGAACAAACCGACUGAUUCAAAGAAAACAAUCCAGAGUUAAGCAGGAAAUCCAGGUCCUCAACUCUUCUUCUGGUUCUCCUUGAGGAGAGAGCAGAAGCACAGGGGCUGGCAGCAUCAGCGGCAGUGCCUUGGCAAAACGAACCAGCAAUUGCUUAAUUGCCGCCAGCUCCAGCCAGGCAGCAGCAGGAGCAAACUGUGCCCACGGGGGAAAGGCGGCACAUCCCGGCCGGCCAGGGCCCGCUCGGUGCCGGGGGGAUGCCGGGGGUCCGGCGGGCAAGCAGCGCUGCGCUGGGCGCUGGGCGCUGAGCGCUGAGCUCCAGCCCUGCCCGGAGAUGCUCCUGCCGGGGCUGUCCUUGGGAACGCGCUCCCGUGGAGGACGCAGGAACAGCGGGACGCGGCUCUCCGGAAAAUCCAUCUGCGGGGCGGCUUCCCCCGGCCGCCGGGCGCUGCCGGGCCCCGGGCCGGCGGGCGGGGGACACGGGUGACACGGGUGACACGGGUGACACGGGCACAGGUGAGGAGCCGAGGGCUCGCUGCCCCCGGCCGGCCCUGCGGGAUGCUCGGCAUGGCUGCACCGUCCUCCUGCUCCUGCCGUGCCCUGCCGGCAGCCGAUCCGGCGGCGGGCAGAGAGCCUGCUCCGUCCCCAGGCAGCUGCUUCACCUUCAAGCCUGCGAGCGAUGCUUAGGCAGCGCAGGAGAUGGGAUCAUUUCCAGCAGCCCGCAGGACAUCCUGACUCCCGGCCGUGCCGACGGAAGCAGAACCUUCCCUUCCUGAGUGCCGGACCCAGAGGGCACAGAGAAUUCCUCAGUCUAUCCUCCAGCCACUCUAGGAUCUGCAGCUGCUUCUCCUCUGAUGGCUCCACGAUCUCCCAGGAGCUGAGAGCCCCCUGUGUGGCCCUGCUGUGCUUCAGGACGAGGGCUCUGUGGUUGCUGCAGCAUGGUCCAAGCCUGCUUGGUGUGCUUCAGAGUUCAUAGGGGCAGCCUGGCAGCCCAGGCAGCUGCAGUGGACAUGGACAAGCCAGACAAGCCCAGUCCCCCUGCCAAGAAGCACGUGCGACUCCAGGAGAGGAGGGGCUCCAAUGUGUCACUAGUGCUGGAUAUGAGCUCUCUAGGGAACGUGGAGCCCAUCCAGCCUGUCUGCACGCCACGGGACAUCACACUGAAGUUUCUGAGGACAUCCAGCCACGUGCUGAGGAAACAGGAGCUCCAGCAGCACGCCCAGAGCCUGGCACAGCUCCAGGAGGAGUUUUCGAAAAUCCCACCCAACUUUGUGAGUCCGGAGGAGCUGGAAAUCCCUGGGCGUGCUUUCAAGGACAGAUACAAAACCAUUCUCCCCAAUCCUGAGAGCCGGGUCUGCCUCAGGAGGGCUGGGAGCCAGGAGGAAGACAGCUACAUAAAUGCCAACUACAUCACAGGCUACGCGGGGCGGCCCCGGGAGUACAUCGCCACACAGGGCCCCCUGCUGAACACCGUGACCGACUUCUGGCAGAUGGUGUGGCAGGAGGAGGCUCCCCUCAUCGUCAUGAUCACCGAGCUGCAGGAGCGCAAGGAGAAAUGUGUCCACUACUGGCCCGAGAAGGAGGGCACCUAUGGCCCCUUCACCAUCCACGUGCAGGGGGUGAGCGAGUCUGUGGAGUACGUGGUGCGGGAUCUCUCCAUCCAGCUUGGGAAGGAAUGCCGCAAGGUCAAGCACAUCCUUUUCCCCUCCUGGCCAGACCAGCAGACACCCGAGUCAGCCAAGCCCCUGCUGCACCUGGUGGCCAAGGUGGAGGAGGCUCUGCAGGCUGCAGCCAGCCCAGGGCCCAUCGUGGUGCACUGCAGCGCGGGCAUCGGCCGCACCGGCUGCUUCAUUGCCACCAGGAUCGGGUGCCAGCAGCUGCAGGACAAGGGGGAGGUGGAUAUCCUUGGAAUCGUGUGCCACCUGCGCAUAGACAGAGGUGGGAUGAUCCAGACGAGCGAGCAGUACCAGUUCCUCCAUCACACGCUGGCUCUCUACGCUUCCCAGCUGCCAGAGGGGGCAGGCUGCUAGUGCAGGGCCCCCAGCAGGCUUGUGGCUCCCUGCUCUGACCUCUCCUGCACCAGCCUCGGGGACACCUUCACCAAAACCCCUCCUGAUGCUGCCAGGCCACAGAGCAGCAGCGUGAGCAUCCCUCGGGAUGAGUACAGCCAAGCCAACCCCGACUGUGGCUUUGGACCCUGGGGAUGAGCAAGGUGAGGUGGUGCACUGGGUGCUCGAGGUGGCCACUGCUGCUGGCUCCAGGCAGAUUUCACCCAUAGAAAGCAGCCUUGGCUUUUGAGAGGUGCAAGAUCCUGACCAAGAAGAGCAAGCUGUGUGGAGGAACUGCAGCUGGCAGAUGCUGGGAGCGUGGUUUGCCUUUCAGCUGCACACAAAUGUCCACCCUGUCAGACAUAGCACUGGUGGAACUACCCUGAAAUAAACAGAGCCUCUGUCCUGGCUGUGCAUCCUUUGUGGGCAGGGCUGGGCUUGCUCCAAACAUGCACCACUAAACUCCUCUUGCUAAAGACACACCUUGAUGGCUUGGUGCACGGGCAGCUAACAGUGUCCCACAGCUUGCUUCCCUCUCCACCUUCAGCCAACACCUUCUCAACAGCCUUAAAGUAGAAUCCUAGAAUUAUAAAGAUUGGAAAAGACCUCCAAGAUCAUCGAGUCCAAGCUGUGAUCAAACCCCACUGAGCCUACUAAACUGCAUCAUGAAUUGCCAUGUAUAUUUGUUUCUUGAACACCUCCAGGGAUGGUGAGUCCCCCCUCUCCCUGGGCAGUCUGUGCCAGUGCCUAAGCACCCUUUCAGGGAAGAAAUUUUUCCCCAUAUCCAACCCAGAUCUCCCCUCUCUCUACCAGGGGAGAUUCCCAAGUGCAGUUUACAAGUGAUGUGUUCCCAAUUGCCUUUUGUUGCAUGAGGACAGGGAUGUUGAAUUCUUGGGGUUUUUUUCUGAAACCAGAACCAAAAAAUAUUUGGUUUUAUUAGGUUGUCUUUUUAAGUGAUAAAUCCAGGGGGGAAAAACCCAAGAUGGAAAAGCAUUUUAUCAUAAAGCAUGGAGGUGGAAAUACUCUGUGAAGUAUUUUGAAGUACUGUGAAGGUAUUCAAAGCUGCCCUUGCCAAUGGGCAUCAAACACCCACUUGGGCAGUGAGGGCUGGGAAGAAGAUGGGAUCUGCCCAGUCUGUGCCCACCCAUGUCCUAAGCCUGACAUGACCCAGUGUGAGAUCCAGGGAGAAAAGGCCCAGUCUUCCUGCUGGAAGACAUGUGUGCAUGAGCUACCCCUUCCCCACUCCAUGGCUCCCCAAAGUGCAGCUGAAUUGCUGCCCAGUGGUCUUCCCUGUCCACAUUCCUCCUUGGCACCAGGAACAAAUCUGCUUCCUGGCCCAGCAGCAGGAAAAGGAGCAGAUCUCAAGUGACAUCCUUUCACCUGCUGCAUGUUCAUCAUCCUGGCAGAGAAAUCCCCCUGCUCCUAGUGCCAGGUCAGCCCUUCCUCAUGCCCCAGCCUGCCCAGCCGGGUGAUUUGGGGGGGAAUUGUGUUCUCUGUGGGACUCCUGUGUGAUUCUCAGGCACUUGGACAGGCUGUGGAGCUUCUGCAAGCUCCCUGCAGGUCAAUGCAUGGCUCAGGACUUUGUGUUCUCAGAUAAUUUGGUGUUACACUGUUAUCUUUAAUGGUGUCUCUGGAAACACCCAUAGAGGUUUGAGUUGUGAGACAGGCUUUAUUCAGCAUCCCCUUCCUCAAGUCUUUCCUCACCCACUGCCAUCAGGCAGGAGAAGUUGAAGUCUUGCAAACUGCACCUGGACAGUUUUCCUGCACUCCCUGGACAGCAGGACACACUCCAUUUUCCUCAUGCUUUCAGUUUGCUGUCCAGAGAGCUCUUGGGGCAGGCUCAGGCCAAGGGCUGCCUGAGGCUCUGCCAAGGCAUGCAGGAGCAGCACCAGGAUCACAGCUGGGCCAGGCAUGUUGUCACCUCCUCCCAGAAUCCCCACCAGCUGCUGGGAGUUUUUCCAGCUCAGCUGUCUGAUGCAGAUUAUAAUCAGUUAAGCAGGUUUCCUGCCUUUUGAUUUCAGUUUUACCAGCUCCAUGGCCCUUCCCUGGCCCCUGUGGGAGUUCUCUCCAUCCUGGGUGCACUGACCCCUGAGCAGCGCUGGGGGCUGUGCUGAGCCAUCACCUGUGUUAUUGCCAAGCCCUUCCUGGGCUCACCCCACGUCAGGGGUGCAGCAGGGUUUGUGUAGCACAGUUUGUGUGGGUGGGAUGGGGCUGGCCCAGCCUCAUCCCCUGUGGGUGCAGCUGUGAGAAGCAGGUGAGCAGCACUGACAGCAAUGAGCCUUGGAGUGCCCAGGUGUGCUGAGCACCCACCAAAGGGAGCAGAGGGCACACGGGAGCACUGCAGGAACCAUGAGGGGUACAAAAGUUUGGGCUAAAGAACAAGAAGGGCUGAUUGAAGCCCUCUGAAGUGGUUUGGUAUUACUCUGUAUAGGCUGAAGCCCUCUGAAGUGGUUUGGUAUUACUCUGUAUAGGCUGAAGCCCUCUGAAGUGGUCUGGUGUUACUCUGCAUGGGCUGAAGCCUUCUGACAUUGUAUGGUGACACUCUGUGUAUUGUGGCCGUCUCAGCUGUGACCUGUGCUGUGACAGGUUUGGUCUGCUCUGGCUGUGUCCUGAGAAACUGCCUCAGGUCCAUAAAGAGCACAGAGUGCCAGCAGACAGAGGAAAGGAAUAUCUCUAAAAUCUUGUGCUUCCCCAUGCUAGCAUUAAGCCCCUGAACUUGGUCAGGGAUUUCAGCCCAGCCAAGAUUGCUGCUGUUCCUCAGUCCCCCACUUGAACCCCAGGUAUGGUCCCAGCUGUCCUUGUCCUGCUCACGGUGUUCCUGUGCCCCACAGGAGGUACAGCCCAGCCAGGCAGAGCUGGGGGCCCUGGGGUGCAGCAUCCUCCAACCAUGUCCCCAGGAGGCCAGCUCCUGCCCAGUGCUCAGGAGAAGUCCUUCCUCUACACAAUCAUAAAUAAGUUUGGGUUGCAAUCCAUCUAGUCCCAGCCACUUCCACCAUCCCAGGUUGCUCUGGGCCCUGGGCACUCCCAGGGAUGAGGCAGCCACAGCUUCUCUGGGCAAACUGUGCCAGGGCCUCACCACCCUCUUUGUGAAACAUUUGCUUUUUACAUCUAAGAAAAUAUAUUAGGUAUAAAGAUAUAAGAUCCUGUCCUAUCCACAUGACUGUAAUUUUGGCCUGGGGUUUUCCAGGCUGGUAGUCCAUUCCCUCCCCUUGCAACAACUCACUGGGAUGGGAGGAACAAAACAUGGUGGCCCAUGGCACACAUCACCGUUGUGGCACACAUCACUGUUGUGGCACACACCAGCUUUGGUGGUGGCAAGUAGACCCAGAAUGCUCCAAAUUCACUUGCAGCUGGAGGAAAGUUUCAAUGCCAUCAAACAGCAUUGCUUCAGCAGGUCCUUGGAAAGGCACAGCAUGUGCCAAAAUCCAGCAUUUUGAAUAAUUAGUAAUAGCUUUGCUCUUAGGGGAGUGGUGGUAACCUGGACUCCAAGCAAUCAGUGACCAAGCCAUCACCUGGAAAGGAGUCACUCCAGGGCACACUUUGACACUCCCAGGCAGCACUGGGGUGCCAGGAUCUCAAGAAGGCCCCAUGGGAGCACCUGCAGCAGAUGGGACCCCACAGCAGCACCCACCCAGAGCCAGAGGGAGGCUUGCCCUGGGGGCACCAGGAACACUGAGGGACAUGGCAGUGGCAGCUCUUUGUGCUGCUCCUUGGUAAGCCAGGGUUAAACUCGGCCAGGGGAGCACCAGGAAAAGCCUCCCCUCACCCAUGUGGGCUGGCACAGCCCUGACCUCUGCUUCCUUAAGGAAUUCAGUUGAGCAACCACAUCAAACCCUCCUGGGAAUGCCAAACAUGCUCUGGAGAGGUCUGGGGGUCUCAGGUCUGGAGAGGCCCUAGGGUGGUACCAGAUCUUGCACAGGACUCUGCCCAGUCCCCAGCUCUGGCACAGACACCAUGAGGUGACACCAUGGGGACAGUGCUGCCAGGGUGCAGCCCUGCAGGUGCCACCAUGGACCCUCUGCAGGGAGCAGAGCUUGGGACCCUGGUUCAAACCAGUGGGAAACAGCCCCAUGCCCCCAAACCUGUCAGAGCUGACUCCCCUUGAUGGGAAUAAGGGAAAUAGGGUGGGUGGAGUGGGGAUAGUGCAUGAAAAUGAUCUUUUUUGCUUGGUUUUUUGUCUCCCCCAGUGUGGGGAUGGUCAACAAUGGAACUGUAGUUCCUGCUGUGAGGGUGAGUUUGGUUUGGGCACUGGAUGGGCAGUGUCUGUGGCAGGGACUGCAGGAACAUCCAGGGGCAGUCCCUAACAGCUUCAGUGCUACAGGAAUGCUGGGGGAAAGCCCCAAACUGCUGUAGGGACAUUCUUAGGCCUGGAGUGUUUAUUAAAAAUCUGUUUUCCCCCAUAUUUGUGAGGCCCCACCUCGAAUGCUGGGUAGAGUUUUGGGCCCGUCAUGAAAAAAAAGGCACCUCAAGUGCUGGAGCAUGUCCAGAGAAGGGAGUGGAGCUGGGGAAGGGUCUGGAGCACCAGGAGCAGCUGGGAAAGGGGCUCAGCCUGGGGAAAAGGAGGCUCGGGGGGAGCCUUGUGGCUCUGCACAACUCCUGACAGGAGAGGGGAGAUGGGGGGAGUUUGGCUCUGCUCUCAGGGAACAGGGACAGGAGGAGAGGGAACAGCCUCAAGUUGCACUGGGGGCAGUUUAGAUUGGAUAUUAGGAAAGAUUUCUUCACCAGAAGGGUGGCCAGACCCUGGCACAGGCUGCCCAGGCAGUGGGGGAGUCACCAGGGACAUGGUUCAGUGGUGACCAUGUGUUGGUAUAACAGUUGGACUCAAUGAUAUUAGAGGACUUUUCCCAUCUGAACAAUCCUCUGAUUCUAUGAAAAUAAAAAACCUUCAAGCAGAAAUUACAUGCAGGAUUUGGGGGAUGAUGAAUUUUUCACUGGUAUGAGGAGUUCUGAAGGGGAAAAAACAACAAGAAACAAUGGUAUUUCUGCUCCCUCAGGCCUCCCUUCAGGAGCACAGGGAUCCUGAGCUGGCUGCAGCAGCUUGGAAAGCAAAAUGCUUUGUCUCCAAAAAUAAAGUCAGCUUCCCCGUGACUUAUAGCACAUGAGGGAAACUUCCCCACCCUUAAUUGUCAGGGGCCGUGAGGUGAAUUGAGCCCCAACCCAGUCUCCCCGUUUCCUGUGCACACACAUUUGUCUCAGGCAGCCCCAGCAGUGGAUUCAGCACUUUGUCUCUCACAGAGCACCAGCAACCUCUACACAUGGGCUCUGCCCAGCAGCUGCUGCAAUA